AGGGCAAUUCACUCUCUCUUCUCCCCCUCACAGGGGCAACAGUGCAGUUUUCCAUUCAGUGGAUCAUAUCCCGUGACAAUAACGGACUCCUCCGGGCAUUCCGACACAUCUGAGCCCGGAGUUCUUUUACAUCACACACUUGAGGGGACACGUCUAAAGAGCUAAUUGAGAAGGAAGAGGUUUAUUACGGGCGAGGCACGUUUAACAGGAGGUUUCAGGAGUUGCACAGCAGGGCCCAAUGGGAGCCUGGAAGCUGGCCAAGGUGGUGCUUGGAUGGGUCGCAGUCUGGUGGGCUACUGCGUAUUCGGUGUUGGCACAGGCUGAUGGAGAUAUCCAGGCCAGCCGAUUCAUUGGAAAACCAGAAGGGGAGGUGCAACUGAGGGUCCGCCGGAGAGGCCAGGAGUCCCUUAGGGGGCCCAAUGUAUGUGGUUCUCGCUUUCACUCCUAUUGUUGUCCUGGAUGGAAAACGCUUCCUGGAGGGAACCAGUGCAUCGUUCCGAUCUGUAGGAACUCAUGUGGCGAUGGCUUCUGCUCAAGGCCCAACAUGUGCACUUGCUCUAGUGGCCAUCUUUCCCCAAGCUGUGGAGCGGCCGCAGUCCAGUCCUGCAGUGUUCGUUGUAUGAAUGGAGGAGCUUGUAAUGAAGACGCCUGCUCGUGUCAGAAGGGCUAUACAGGAACUCACUGCGGCCAGCCUGUGUGUGAAAAUGGAUGUCAAAAUGGCGGCCGCUGCAUCGGUCCCAACAGAUGUGCCUGCGUCUACGGGUUUACCGGGCCACAAUGUGAAAGAGACUACCGGACCGGACCUUGCUUCACGCAGGUCAACAACCAGAUGUGCCAAGGUCAGCUGAGCGGCAUCGUCUGCACCAAGACGCUGUGCUGCGCCACCAUCGGGCGAGCUUGGGGUCACCCGUGCGAGAUCUGCCCCGCCCAGCCGCACCCCUGCCGAAGAGGUUUCAUUCCCAACAUCCGCACCGGUGCCUGCCAAGAUGUGGAUGAAUGUCAGGCUGUUCCCGGAUUGUGCGCUGGAGGAAACUGCAUCAACACUGUCGGAUCGUACGAGUGCAAAUGUCCCGCGGGCCAUCGGCAAAGCGAGACCAACCAGAAGUGCGAAGAUAUCGACGAAUGUGCUACUAUCUCUGGAGUAUGCGACGGUGGAGAAUGUACGAACACGGCCGGCAGCUACGUCUGCACCUGUCCGCGAGGUUACGUCACCAGCACAGAUGGGUCCAGAUGCGUCGAUCAAAGAGUCGGUACAUGUUUUUCCUCUGUGACGAGCGGGCGUUGUGCGUCUGAAGUGGCGGGUCAGUACACAAAGCCGCAGUGUUGUUGUGAGACGGGCCGCUGCUGGGCCCUCGGACACAUUCCAGAGAUGUGUCCUGUCAGGGGAUCGGAUGAAUACAGACGUCUUUGCAUCCAGAGGCUUCCGUUCGCCACCGGUAAUGGAGGGGGAAUCCACGGGGGGACCAUCAACGGUGGCGUUGUUUAUAACGGUGGCGGCGGCGGCGAUUUCAAUGGCGGUUUCAACGGUUACGGCGUCAAACACCCAACGCAGAAUGGAAACGGGGGCACGUACAUUUCCAGUGGCAUCGGCGGCGACCCGACUGGAAACGGCAACGGAGGCCCAAAGAUCAGCCAGUUGAAUGAGACCACUAUCGAUGUGUGCAAGCACUUCAACAAGCUGUGUCUCAACGGCCGCUGCAUUCCCACGCCAACCAGCUACAGGUGCGAAUGCAACAUGGGGUACAGGCAGGAGGACGUGCGUGGAGUAUGCAUCGAUGUUGACGAGUGUUCCAGUAACCCUUGUAUCAAUGGAGACUGUGUCAAUUCUCAAGGAUCAUAUCUUUGCAAAUGCCAUGAAGGAUACCAGAGCACCCCCACCAAACAAGCUUGCAUUGACAUUGACGAGUGUAUCGUGAACGGUGUGAUGUGUCGUAACGGCCGCUGCGUGAACACAGAUGGAAGUUUCCAGUGCAUCUGUAACGCUGGUUUCGAGGUCAGCCCUGAUGGCAAAAACUGCAUCGAUCACGAUGAAUGUGCCACCACCAACAUGUGCCUUAACGGCAUGUGUAUAAACGAAGAUGGAAGUUUCAAGUGUAUCUGCAAACCUGGAUUUGCUUUGGCACCCAACGGACGCUACUGUACCGACAUUGAUGAAUGCCAGACGUCAGGCAUCUGUAUGAACGGCCGCUGUGUUAACACUGAGGGCUCGUUCCGCUGCGAGUGUCCUCCCGGUCUGGCCAUCGACAUGGACGGGCGUGUGUGUGUAGACACCCACAUGCGCUCCACCUGCUACGGAGCAAUUAAGAUGGGCACCUGCUCUCGUCCGUUCCCAGGUGCGGUGACCAAAUCGGAGUGUUGCUGUGCCAACCCAGAGCACGGCUUUGGAGAGCCCUGCCAGCCCUGUCCCGCGUUAAACUCGGCCGAAUUUCAGGCGGUGUGCAGCAGCGGGCCUGGGAUUACCACAGAUGGACGAGACAUCAACGAAUGCGCUUUGGAUCCGGAUAUCUGUCAGAACGGGAUCUGCGAGAACCUGCGCGGAAGCUACCGUUGCAUCUGUAACAUCGGCUAUGAGUCAGACGCUAGCGGCAAGAAUUGUGUCGACAUUAACGAAUGUUUGGUAAAUCGCCUAUUGUGCGAUAACGGCAUGUGCCGAAACACGCCCGGAAGCUACACAUGCACGUGUCCCAAAGGAUUUACCUUCAAAGCGGACUCAGAGACAUGUGAAGACAUCAAUGAAUGCGACUCAAACCCUUGCAUCAACGGCAUUUGUCGCAACGUGGCGGGAUCCUUCAACUGCGAAUGUUCUCACGGCAGCAAGCUGGACUCUACCAAUACCAUCUGUGUGGACAGCAUGAAAGGAACUUGCUGGCUCAACAUUCAGGACGGCCGCUGUGAGGUGAACAUAAACGGGGCCACACUGAAGUCAGAGUGCUGUUCUACUCUGGGGGCCGCCUGGGGAAGCCCCUGCGAACGCUGUGAAGUCGAUACAGCCUGCUCCAAAGGUUUCGCUCGAAUGAAAGGACUCGUCUGUGAAGACAUUAAUGAAUGUGAAGUCUUCCCCGGCGUGUGCACAAACGGUCGUUGCGUGAACACGCAGGGCUCGUUCCGAUGCGAGUGUCCUGAGGGACUCACGCUGGACGGAGCCGGACGAACAUGUGUCGACAUCCGCAGCGAGCAGUGUUACAUGAAAUGGGACGAGGACGAGUGUGGCGAACCCUUACCGGGCCGGUACCGUGCGGAUCUGUGCUGUUGUACAGUGGGAGCGGCGUGGGGUGUGGACUGCGAGGCGUGUCCCAAAGCCGGUACACCCGAAUUCAAAACCAUCUGCCCUAGAGGACCUGGAAUUGCCAACCGUGGGGACAUUCUCACAGGAAGACCCUUCUAUAAAGACGUGAAUGAAUGUAAGGUCUUCAGAGGUCUGUGUUCUCACGGAACGUGCCGGAACACCAUCGGAAGCUUCAAGUGCCGCUGCGAAAGCGGUUUUGCGCUCACCAUGGAGGAGAGAAACUGUACAGACAUCGACGAGUGCACCAUCUCUCCUGACCUAUGCGGUCAAGGCACCUGCGUCAACACGCCUGGCAGUUUCGAGUGUGAAUGUUUCGAGGGUUAUGAGAGCGGCUUUAUGAUGAUGAAGAACUGCAUGGACAUUGAUGAGUGCGAGAGAGAACCCCUGCUGUGUCGCGGGGGCACGUGUCUGAACACAGAGGGCAGUUAUGAGUGCGACUGCCCCCCAGGACAUCAGCUUGGAGAGGGAUCUGUGUGUGAAGAUGUGAACGAGUGUCAGUUAAGCGAUACCUUGUGUAGGAAUGGCCACUGUGUUAACAUGGUUGGCACGUACCAGUGUUCCUGUGACACGGGUUACCAGGUCACGCCUGAUAGACAAGGCUGCGUGGAUAUCGACGAGUGCACCAUCAUGAACGGAGGUUGUGACACACACUGUACGAACUCUGAGGGCAGUUACGAAUGCAGCUGUAGUGAAGGUUACGCUCUCAUGCCCGACCUGAGGUCCUGCGCCGACAUCGACGAGUGCGAGGACACUCCAGACAUCUGCGACGGGGGCCAGUGCACGAACAUCCCUGGAGAAUAUCGCUGCAUCUGCUAUGACGGUUUUAUGGCUUCCAUGGACAUGCGGACUUGUAUCGAUGUGAACGAAUGCGACCUGAACCCCAACAUUUGCCUUCACGGAGACUGUGAGAAUACCAAGGGUGCUUUCAUUUGCCAUUGUCAGCUGGGAUACUUCGUUAAGAAAGGCUCCACGGGCUGUACAGAUAUUAACGAAUGUGAGAUUGGCGCUCAUAACUGCGACAUGCACGCCACUUGCGUCAACUCUCCCGGUAGCUUCAAGUGUCGUUGCCGUGACGGCUGGGAGGGCGAUGGAAUCAAAUGCGUCGAUGUUGACGAGUGUGUCAGCGAGGACCACAACUGUAAUCCUAACGCUGAGUGCAUGAACACGCCGGGGUCGUACCGCUGCUCGUGUAAGGAGGGCUUCAACGGAGACGGAUUUACCUGCUCUGAUAUGGAUGAGUGUGCAGACAAUGUGAAUCUUUGUGAGAACGGGCAGUGUCUGAACGCCCCGGGCGGAUACCGCUGUGAAUGUGAGAUGGGCUUCACGCCUACUGAGGACAGCAAAGCAUGUCAAGACAUCGACGAGUGCACCUUCCAGAACAUCUGCGUGUUUGGGUCGUGCCAGAACUUGCCCGGAAUGUUCCGCUGCGCGUGUGACUACGGAUACGAGCUGGACCGCAGUGGAGGAAACUGCACAGACAUCAACGAGUGUUUCGACCCUGUGAACUGCAUCAACGGCCUGUGCAUCAACCUGCCAGGCAGCUACCUGUGCAACUGCCCCCCAGACUUUGAGCUCAACCCCACCGGAGUGGGCUGUGUCGACACGCGCGUUGGAAACUGCUUCCUGGACACUUUGGACCGUGGCGAUGGAGGAAUUUCCUGCAGCGCUGAGAUCGGUGUGGGCGUGACUAGGGCCUCCUGUUGCUGCUCGCUGGGCGGAGCUUGGGGCAACCCCUGUGAACUCUGCCCUCCUCUUAACUCGUCCGAGUACAAAACUCUCUGUCCUGGAGGAGAGGGCUUCAGGCCGAAUCCCAUCACCGUCAUCCUUGAGGACAUCGAUGAAUGCCAGGAGCUCCCGGGGCUGUGCCAGGGGGGCAACUGUGUCAACACAUUUGGCAGCUUCCAGUGCGAGUGUCCGGACGGCUACUACCUCAACCAAGAGACGCGCAUCUGCGAAGAUAUCGAUGAAUGCACGGCUCACAUCGGCAUCUGUGGACCGGGAACAUGUUACAACACUCUGGGAAACUACACAUGCGUCUGUCCGCCGGAGUACAUGCAGGUUAACGGAGGAAAUAACUGCAUGGAUAUGAGAAAGAGCGUGUGCUAUCGGAACUUCAACGACACGUGCGAGAACGAGCUUUCCUUCAACAUGACAAAGAAAGUGUGCUGUUGUGCGUAUAAUGUUGGCAAAGCCUGGAACCGACCGUGUGAACCAUGUCCCCCGCCGGCUACCUCUGAGUACCAGCUCUUAUGUGGAAACCAGGCACCUGGAUUCAUCAUCGACAUUCACACCGGAAAACCCAUCGAUAUCGACGAGUGUCGGGAAAUUCCAGGCAUCUGCGCAAACGGAGUGUGCAUCAACCAGAUUGGAAGUUUCCGUUGCGAAUGUCCAAUGGGCUUUAGCUACAACAACAUUCUGUUUAUAUGUGAAGACAUUGAUGAGUGUAACAGCGGAGACAACCUGUGCCAGCGUAACGCCAACUGCAUCAACAUCCCUGGUAGCUACCGCUGCGAAUGCUCGGAUGGGUUCAAGCUGUCGCCUAGCGGAGCUUGUCUGGACCGCAACGAGUGUCUGGAGAUCCCGAAUGUUUGCAGUCCCGGCGAGUGUAUCGACACUCAGGGAAGCUAUCGCUGUCUGUGCCACAACGGCUUUAAGACAACGGCGGACCAGACCAUGUGCAUGGAUAUCGACGAGUGUGACCGACAGCCGUGUGGAAAUGGUACCUGUAAAAACACAGUGGGUUCCUACAACUGUCUGUGCUUCCCCGGUUUCGAGCUCACCCACAACAACGACUGCAUGGAUAUUGACGAGUGCGUCGUGCACGCCGGUCAGGUCUGUAGAAACGGCCAGUGUAUCAACAGCAUGGGUUCCUUUAAGUGUCUGUGUACUGAUGGAUAUAACCUCACGCCGGAUGGAAAGAACUGUGUCGAUAUCAAUGAAUGUGUCAUUUUCCCGGAUGCCUGCCAACCCGGAACCUGUCAGAACCUGGACGGCUCAUUCCGCUGCAUCUGUCCACCGGGAUACGAAGUUCAGAACGACCAAUGUGUCGAUAUCAACGAGUGUAACGUGGAGCCCAACAUAUGUCAGUUUGGCAUCUGUAAAAACACGCCGGGCACUUUCCAGUGUAUCUGCCAGCCUGGUUUCGUGUUGUCUGAUAAUGGCCGACGCUGCUUCGAUACCCGUGAGAGCUUCUGUUUCACACGAUUUGAAUCUGGAAAAUGCACCGUACCCAAACCCCUUAACAACACCAAAGCCAAAUGCUGCUGCAGUCUCCUGCCGGGCGAGGGAUGGGGCGACCCCUGCGAAUUGUGCCCACGAGUCAAUGAAGCGGCUUUUCAGACUUUGUGUCCUUAUGGUCACGAAGCCGUGCUGAGACCCGGAGAAGGUCGAGAGGACAUGAACGAGUGCAUUGAAAACCCGGGAAUCUGCGGCAACGGCUUGUGCAUCAACACGGACGGCUCGUUCCGCUGCGAGUGUCCGUUCGGCUACAACCUGGACUACACGGGCGUCAACUGCGUCGAUACGGACGAAUGCUCCAUCGGAAACCCUUGUGGAAACGGGACUUGCACAAAUGUCCUGGGUGGGUUCGAGUGCUCCUGUCAGGAAGGUUUCGAACCCGGUCCCAUGAUGACCUGUGAAGACAUCAACGAAUGUGCCGUGAACCCACUGCUUUGCGCCUUCCGCUGCGUCAACACCUUCGGCUCGUACGAGUGCAUGUGCCCGACGGGAUACGUGCUCCGCGACGACAACAGGAUGUGUAGAGACCAGGAUGAGUGUGCUGAAGGUCUGGAUGACUGUGCGUCCAGAGGCAUGACCUGCAAAAACCAAAUCGGCACCUUUAUGUGCAUCUGCCCACCCGGCAUGACCCGCCGCCCUGAUGGAGAGGGCUGUAUGGACCUGAACGAGUGCCGCGCUAAACCUGGAAUCUGUAAGAACGGUCGCUGCGUCAACACCAUUGGCAGUUACCGGUGUGAAUGUAAUGAGGGUUUCGAGCCAAGUUCCAGUGGCACUGAAUGCAUUGAUAACAGGAAGGGCUUCUGUUUCAUGGAGGUUCUGCAGACCAUGUGCCAGCAAUCCUCCACCAACCGCAACACCGUCACCAAGUCAGAGUGUUGUUGUCACGGAAGUCGCGGCUGGGGCUCGAUGUGCGAGUUGUGUCCUCUGCCAGGCACCGUACAGUAUAAGAAAAUGUGCCCACUCGGCCCCGGAUACACCACAGACGGCAGAGAUAUCAAUGAAUGUGAGGUCAUUCCCAACCUGUGUAAGAACGGCCAGUGUAUCAACACCAUCGGUUCGUUCCGUUGUCACUGUAAUAUGGGUUACACUAAUGACUUCACUUCCACUUCCUGCGUUGACCUGGACGAGUGCUCUCAGUCGCCCAAACCGUGUAACUUCCUGUGUAAGAACACAGAAGGCAGCUACCUGUGCUCCUGUCCCAGAGGAUACAUCCUUCAGCCUGACGGAAAGACCUGCAAAGAUCUGGAUGAGUGCUCGACCAAACAGCACAACUGUCAGUUCUUGUGUGUCAACACCAUCGGUGGCUUCACCUGUAAAUGUCCCACGGGCUUCACUCAGCACCAGACAGCAUGCAUAGACAACAACGAAUGUGGCGGACAAACAAGUGCGUGCGGUUCCCAAGCCUCCUGUACGAACACGCCCGGAAGCUUCAACUGCGAGUGUCAGAAGGGCUUCUCAUUGGACGGCACAGGGAUUAACUGCGAGGAUGUUGACGAAUGCGGAGGAAACCACCGCUGUCAGCACGGCUGCCAGAACAUGAUGGGCGGUUUCCGCUGCGGGUGCCCGCAAGGCUACGUUCAACACUACCAGUGGAACCAGUGUGUGGACGAGAACGAAUGCGCCGGGAACCAAGCAUGUGGUUCGGCAUCUUGCUACAACACGCUGGGCAGCUUUAAGUGCGUGUGUCCGUCAGGGUUCGACUUUGACACCUCGGCCAGCGGAUGCCAGGAUGUUAAUGAAUGCUCCAUGGGCAAUAACCCCUGCAGCUAUGGCUGUUCUAACACAGAUGGCGGUUACUUGUGCGGAUGCCCCGGGGGCUUCUACCGAGCAGGACAAGGUCACUGCAUCACAGGAGUGGGCUUCCAGGGUCAGUUUGGCUCAGAAGGCGAAGAAGAGGAAGAGGCCCUCUCACCUGAGGCUUGCUAUGAAUGCAAGAUUAACGGUGACCUUGGAAAGAGAGGCCGUCAUAGGCGUAACGCUGGCGAUAAUGACCUCAAAGAGACGGUGAGCAUGGCCAGCAUGGACGUUCAGACUUCCAUCCCCAUGAACCUGAGUCUUGCGCAACUGCAGAACAAAGAACCCUUGCUGGAGUUGCUUCCCGCUUUGGAGCCACUCGAGCACCACGUGCGCUACGUCAUAACACACGGAAACCAAGGCGAGCACUUCCGUUUGCUUGAGCGACGUGAUGGAAAGAGCAUGUUGCGCUUGGGCCGGAGGCCGCCCCCUCCUGGAUUGUACCGUCUGGAGAUAGCCAGCUUGCCACUGUUCGGACCUCGCAAACUCCAGGAACUGGAGGACGAGCAUGACAGCGACUACCUACUGGGAGAGAUCGGCGACGCGCUGCGCAUCAAGCUGCACAUCCACCUGCACUGAGACUGCUUGAUCCCUGACCCCACGCCCUUCAUUAUAGGGUGUUAGCUCUGAAAGACUGUGUCCUAUUAGCGCCAUUUUUUUGGGUUUCGUGUUUUAUUUACCGACUGAUUCCACCAUUAUAUCAAAGCAGACUGAAACCAGGUUGGGUGGAAAACGUACACACGCAGCUUUUAAUCUGCAGCUGUGUGUCAGCAUUAUUCGUUAGCCUUAGCACCCACGUUCACUGGACGUACAAUCAGAAAUAUUUUCUUACUACAGUUGUAAACUGUUACAAGUUUCAUAAUAACAAUUAAUACGUAUCAAGUCUUUAGUGCACAUAAAAAUUUGCAUUGUAUAAACAGCGAAGCAACACAAUAUGAAAAUCCAUUCGCCGCGCUGUUGUCUCUGGGGUCAAAAGGUAAACCAUUCAGUAUUUUGUGUCGUUCAUCAAGUAAUGAACUGUUUGUGAAGAAAAACUAAAUUACACACGGACAGCAUUUACUAGCACAACAUGUUCAGGUUUAAACAAGUUGAGAGUUGGAAAACUGUCAGGGAGAUGCUCGAAAUGCAAACUUUCACACGAGAGAUCUGGUGCUUUUGGAGUGCCACACGUGUUACCUCAUUUUACGCCCUUACAAUAAUACACACAUAUACAUGCAGCAGUUGAGAUAGCAGAGGUGCUAAACACUGCAUAUUUACUGGAACUACUCUACUGUGUAGUCAAUCAGGGAAUUUCAUUCCAAAAAUAGCGACAAACAUCCAAAGAAUUGGUCUGAAUUUGAACGAAUCAACCAGUGGUCAUUUCUUGAUGGUGCAUAAGGACUGUUUGGCAAGCCGUCUUCCAAAAUACACUCCAAAUGCGGGCACGAAAACAAACUUUUAACCUCGAUAUGGGAACGACAAACAGAGGUGCUAGAAUUCCAACUUACGCUGUAAACGAAAAUGCUUGAUUUGUGGAUUGCCGACGUGACAUUUUUAAAGGUUUUUUAUUUUGUGUGUGUGUUGGUCUUUUGUACUGUCUCAAUGCUGAAAAAUCAAUACUAUCAAAUUGCUUGUUGAAACUAAAUUGUAUAUUUUAAAGUGAUAUGUAGAUUUUGUUUGUGCCUUUGUUUUGUUUUGUUAUUAUUCUUGAGCAUCAAGACCAAACCAAAUAUUUACAUGUAAACUUUAGAUAAAUAUCCUUGCUGUUGAGUUGUACUCUGAAACAUGAAUUAAAGUAACGAAUAGCGUCAGUGGCGAGCACAACAUGCGACUGUUUACAUGAGACCAUUAAGCUUUAACUCAACAUCGAAAUACUGUUUUUUUUUUAUUGCAACGUCAGGCUGUCUUCCAAAGCUGUGUCCUGACUUUUGUUUUAUAUGAGUUAACUUGGGCAUGGUAACGUGUUUUUGUCUCUGGUGCUACAAUGACGAAACUCUUGAUCAUCUACGUAACUGCACUGUACGACAGCCUGAGCUCUAUUUAUGCAUAACCAUUUGUCUAACAUGGGAUCUUUGUAUACUUGCAUAUUUUUGUUGAUGCCACUACAUGUAAACGAACGAAUGUGUGUGUAACUGUACUGUUUGUCAUAAACAAGCAACAAACUUGAAAUAUUACUGUCAUCAAAACUACAGUGUCGUUACGAACUUCAGACCAAUGCAACUGUACUGUGGGUGCUCAGGAUAACGCUGAAUAGUCACUUCUGAUACAUUUCCAAUGUGCCUUGACAAGGCGUCUAUAGGGAUUCUUUGAGCCACGAAGAUCCGUGACAGAGACGUUCUUGAGUAACGAUGUUACUAAAUAAUUCCAAAUGCAUUCAUUGUGUUAUUAAAAAAAUACAGUUGCGUUGUAAUGCGUUCAUGAGUCACACCCCAGUGAGCCGCACAGUUUUUUUGUAAACAUCUGUAAGAAACAACAAUUGCAAUAAAACAACAUGGGUUAUAUU